AGGAUCAAGAGCAACAGAACGCCAAGGAAGAAGAGCGGGAAAGAGAGUGCUAAAGACUCGCUGAGGACUAAGGGAUUAUUUGAAAUGUGAGCAAACACCAAGAGGAGACAAUCAUGUGGGGUAGAUAAGACAAGAAAACAACAAACAAUUCUUUCAAGCACCUUUGGAGAUUUCAACUUGGAAGGAGAAAUUGGCUUUGCAUCUCUCGCUCUGACAGGCGCACAUUACUCCCAUCUCAUCCCCUCGCAUUCACACGUUCUCUCCCCUGCUAGGCCCGUUCACCAUGUCUUUGCGCCUCCCUGCUCUACGCCGUGACACCCGCUUUCCUCAUUUGUCGCCUCCUCAUCAUCAUCACUCGCCCCACCCCGGCAACAACGCCAUUACCUCCUCUUCUCCUCCCUGCUCAUUUUUCACUGUCAAAGGUUUGCAAUGUGGUUGAAAUACUGAGAGAGGAGAGGAUAAGAGCGGCAAUUUAAAUACGGCGUGACACAAAUGUGGAAAAGCAAGUGAUGAGCAUGGAAAACACAAGCAGCGAUAGAAGCCUUAUCUACUCAAAUGUGGAGAAUUAAAUUAUUUGAAAAACUUGCACUUGAACACACCACAACUACAGUCACUGUUUGUCUAAUCUAGUCUUGUAAUCCUGAACCAGUGCACACCAAACUAUACUUUUCAUUAAUUCGUUCCAGAAGGUCCGACUCUAACUGAAACAGACGGUAACAGAAUAAAAUUUCCCCAUAAGAAAUAAUGUAAAUCCAAUGAAUCCACUCCAAAAAGCCAAAAAUGUUAACACAAAACAUGUUUUUAUGGUUUUACAAUUACAGUUUACAUUCAGAAAACAAUUCCAAAUGCAUAUAAUGAUGAAUGAAAGGGAUAAAUGAACACUUAAGGUUACUUUUACCUUCAUUGAAGACGUGAUUCUUGACGUGACUGUUCCUAAAGACACAACGUGACAGUGAGAUCAACCACCACCUGCUUUGCCCUGAGUUAUUUUGUUAGCUGGCUACUAGAAUGCUAACAAAGAAGGAUGUUUUUCAGAUAAAAAUACAUUAAGAAACAGCUGGACUCACACAGUGCAUUAAUAAGACAACCAUAUUGUACACUAAUCAGAGAAUGUACGCAAACCGAGACAAAAUCGUGUCAUAAAUUUUUGACGUUAACCGAAAAACAUGCUAACCGGGGCGGACAUUAACAGAGGUUUCUGCAAUGUUUUUAAACAUCAAACUUUGAACACAUAAGUCAGAUUGGCUUGAAAUUUCUUACACAGCUCAAUGUGCAGCAUAAAACUUACACUGGAACUUUAGGAUGUUUCGCCUAAUCACCACAAAAUGUUGACACACCUUAAAGGAAAACCACUUUUUGGAAUUUUGUCGAUCAUCCACAAUCCUUAUGUGAGACAUGAACACACGUGCCUUUCUCUUUUCUGUGCAUUCUAAAGAUAUAAAAACAGCAAAAAAAAAAGAGGCAGCAAAUGAAUGCACGUAAUGAGUCAUAAAAUAUACAUAUUUAAGUUAAUGUUACAUAUUUUUUGCUUAAAAUAAACAUUUCCCAGCAUAAAAAUGUGUAAAUGCACUAAAAUACAAAUAUAAUCUACACUGGUCACCUGGUGUCAGUAAUGUUACUGUCAUGUUUGGUGAGAUAUACAAUCACAAGACUUGGUCGCCGAAACAGAAGGCUUUUAUUGCUUUCAUUUGAAUUAUCUCAUGACAGACGUCAUAACCUCUAGUAAAAAUUCCAAAUAAAAACACAAGCUAGUCUGAAUCCCCAACGUCACCUCCUGUCCGCCAGCCACUCAGCUCCCCGAGGGAACAGAUUUAUAGCAACACACAUGAGCACGAUCGUAUUUAUGCAUUAAAUGGCUCUAAAUAUGAAAAUAAUCCAUUUAUAAAUAAGGAAUCUUACUUUGUGAAAAUUCACGGUCGAGUCUGGAACCAAUUAACUGCGAUAAACGAGGGACUACUGUACUAUUAAUCCAAUGUUUCACACACAUGCUUUUAACAUACACUAUAGCAAGUUUAAAUAGACAAUUGUGUUGACACAUACUCACUUGUAUUUCAACAGCUGGCAAUUUUGUAUCUUUUGCGGCUGCCGCUUGGAGACACAAAACAUUGGAAAUGAGAUGAAGGGAGUUUGCCUUCAAUUGACUCCGCCUGAAUCCCACAGCAAACAGCGCACAGCACACGCUCUUAAAUAUGCAGGCACAUCUGCUGUCAGCACGCUCAUAAUCGCAUACGUAAACAUUGUCUGGCUGCGUCAUCUCACUCUCCCAGGAAAAUGAUUAUCUGCAAUUUGUUUUCAAUUUCUCUUCCACGUGAUUGCAGGGUGUGUAAAUCAGGGGUCAAGACCUGUUGGUGCAUUCCAGCGCUAAGGUUAGUAUGGUGACCUUCCUGAAUGGUGUUAAUUAUGACAAGGCCAUGGUGUGGUCACUGAUCCGCGUAUCCAUAAGUACACUGUCAAGAUAUUUAUAGACAUAGCAGCAAUGUCACUGAAGUUGGAAGCCUUUGACUGAUCCUGACUCACACAAGGAUGUCACAUUCCAAAGUGACACCUUUGAGUUGGAUAUUUGACAUGAGCAACAACUUUUUAAAACGCUCACUCUUGCUGGAGCCGUUUUAUAAAACCCAAACACAGUUGAACAUCCAAAGCAAAACAAAACCGAGUUGUACCAAUUUCAAAACAUUUUUUUCCCAUAGGAAAUGAUGUAAGGUACAGUCGUCCGUCGUUUAUCGCAAUUAAGUGGUUCCGGCCCCGACCGCAAUAUGUGAAUUUCUGCAAAGUAGGACUUAAUAUUAAUGAAUGGAAUAUUUUCAAAGUUUGAGCAUAAGUUUAUGACUUUCUAAAUACCGCUUUUAACAUUAUUAGAGCCCUGUAGACAUGAAACACCCUAACACCCCUAUAGUCACCUUUACACUCCUAUUAUUGUUUAUUUAGAACAAAUUGCUCAAAUCUAAUGCACAGGCUACGGAAUCACUGCAGGGACACAAGAGACGGACACCACUUUAAACAUAGCAAGCUAACAAGCUAACCUCCAAUUUAUUCUAAACUAAGGUAUUGUCUCAUCAAUGCAGUGCUUCUCAAAUAGAACUGCAUGAGAGGCAUGGAGUACUUUCAAUGUUACUGCAAACCUGCCAACAUGUACAAAUGGAACAAAAAAGUCAAUGGUCUGACCGUCAAAAACAGCAAAAAAAAAAAAAACAUACUUGUGAUGUUAAUCCUUUAAAUGUUCACCUUUAAAAAGCCAAACAUAUUUGUGAUGUUAAUCCUUUAAAUGUUCAUAAAGCGUAAGGCUCACAAGAUGCCUGAUUGUUGUUCAACCUCCAAGUUUUGACUUUUGAGGCAUAUUUAAGCAGAAAAUGUUGGUGGAAGUCCAACUUGUACCACUUUUAACUGGGGGAUACAUCAGAUUUGAAUUCACUUGUUAGCAGAGAUUCUUUGUGCAAAGAUUGCAGGUCUGGUUUAUUAUCUGGAUCUGGAUGAUACCUGAAAUAUUGUCUACUUUGAUGGUUUUAUGAAAUGUUUUCACACAGAUUCAAUGAUUAUGAUUAUUCUGUACUAUCAAACAUUGGUGGUGCCCGGUUGGAAACAACAUGGUCAUCUGCGACCAUGUAGCACUUGUACUGGGUCUUACUAGAUUGUGCAGAUGUACCUAAUGAAGUGGACAGUGACUGCAGAAUGAUUUGAGCAGUCAACACUUCAAGAACUACAAGGCCACUGCAGAUAGGGAUGAAAAAAAUAGCAAACAAAGACUUCAGGAAACAUCCAUAGAGUGGGAUCAAUAUUCUUUUAAAUGUGUCUACAGGCCUAAAUGUAAUAGCAUCACUAAAACACCGUGUCCCUCCUGGGGUGUGUUCAACAUGUGAUCUACUCCACUCUAUGGAGACAUACACCAUUAGUCUUAAAAUACCUCAAGUCUUUUCAGUUCCUGCAGGAGACAAAGAUCUGCGUCUGCCACCCACCUGCUGAUCUAAUAAGAGCUUGAUGGAGUUUUAUUGAUCAGGCCACUGCGUGCACUGAGGCAACACUUGAGGCUUUCAGAUGGUGUCUGCAUCUGGUCUGCAUCUCCAUGCCAAUGCAAAGAGAGUGUAGCCAACUCAUCAUCUGCGGGCCAUUGGUCAGAAACUGGGACAAGUUGCUGAACUACUAAGGGGAUCAUUAAUGGAAAGGCAAUGAGCGUUCGGGUCCAUAUUGGCUAUUGAGCCCCGAGCUGUCGCAUUCAGCACACUCCCACAUUUUUACAGACAUUUUCGACUGGAUGUAAUCCCACUGACUCCGACUGAUGUCCCCGCUUGACCCCUUCCCCUUCAGCUCCUCAGGGGGCUGAGCCAACCUGCCGAGGAGUAUGGGCAGGAGGGUGGCCAACCCGACCAAUCCAGUGCCCGCACUGGGGGUUCCCCUGGCGGUUGGGCGAUGGGGCCAGCUGUGCAGUGUUGGGGUGCAGACGUCUCCUGGACUGCGGACUCUCCCUUCCGUCAAAAGACACGUCAGCCAAGCGGCCAACCCGAAGCAAGCUCUCACCAUGGCAGCGAGCACGGUGGUGACAGGAGGAGUUACCUCGAGUGACAACAACAGUCUCCUGCUGUCCAAGGAGACAUCUCAGAACGAAAUCAACAACCUGACACAGGAUGACAUGGGGUCACAAGGGUCAGGCAGUGGUGUUUACUGCCAGAUAAAAGCUAUACAGACAAAUGCAAAGGAUUCGAGAGGGAAAAGGAUAUCAAGGUACACCAAUGGCAGCGUGGUGGGCUCUGACAUGAUGGGAGGAGUCUGCAGUGAAGCCCCAGAGGUCAAGGAGGAAAGCCAAGAGAAGAGAAGGGUGCAGUCUCUACGUGGGGAACGACACCGUGCCGCGUUAAAGACAGGGAAUGUUUGCACAACCGUCCACGCCACCCCGCCUCGGCCCUGUCGGAUGGUGACCACCUCCUCGCCCCAGCUUUGUGGAACUUGCGGCCGGAGGCGUUCGCAGCUUACCCAGUGCACAGGCGCCUGUCGAAGGAGGGCUGCACCUCAAAUAUCAUCCAGCCAGACUUUGCCUCACCCUGUAUGGAAGCAGGGUGUGGCCCAGAACCACUCAAAAAAGGAGUAUACUUUGGACGCUAAAGUCCAAGAGACAUCAGUGAAACCAAACAGUCAAAUCCCCCAGUUGUCCCACACGAUACCAAAAACACACAGCUCACAGUGCAGCAGUGCAGCACCUCUUCAGAAUAAGACAAAGCAUCAGCAGAGCAGGCCGCAUUCUGCAGAGUUUACACACUGCAAGGACUCGGCCACACAAACGACAGACACACACACUAGCGGGACGGCCACACACACACCGACUACAGCGACAACAGAACCACUUUCAACAGACAAACACAAACCCGAUAAAAGCCAGCACACAAAUUUCAAACUUCCAGACCCUUCCGAGCACACAAAAUGUAGCAACCCCCCAGCUCUCCCUGCAAAAAACUCCCCUAAAUGUACUUCUUCCAAACCGUCUGGCCUUGUAGCUCAGAGCAAAAACACCCAAGAGACAGCAGACAGUCCCAAGCCAAACUCCUCCAAAGACACUAGACUGAAAAACUACACAAAACAGAAGAGCAAAUCUUUAGAUGACCACACUCCGCCUUGUAAGACUCACAAGACAGCGCAAUGUAACGGUGCUCCCGCAGGACUUCUGCUGGGGGCUAGGAGUGCCCCGCGCGGCCUGGAGAGCAAGUUACAGAGUGUGGAGGAGAACCUUGUGUCCAACCAGGAGAAGAUCAAGGUGCUCCUAAACGUCAUUCAAGACCUGGAGAAGAGCAAGGCCCUCAGUGAAGGUCGCAGCUCGUACAGAACCGGCCAGGAUAUCAACAACUGCCCCACCUGCCAAAAGACAGCCUGCAUCAUCUACAGCGUGGAGCAUGACUUCCGUCUGCAGGAGGGACGCUUUCAAGGGGUGAUGGAGUCCCUGGAGGGAGAGUACGACGUGCCUGCACCCGUUCUGGCCAAACCCCCAGCUGCCACCUCCCAAGCCAGCCGUCCGAGCACCAAGGCCCGUGUCAAAAAGCUCCGUAAAAAGUGCUUCUGGUGGCUCUGAUAAGAACACAGCGGGAUUUCACUGUGGCAUUGUGGAUUUGGAAAUGACUGAUGUAUGACAGGACAAAGGAGCUGCUGGGCUUCCCAUACAGUAUAUACUAGAUGUAUUCAUUUUCAAUUCGUGCUCUAAAUGAGAGCCUCUCAUCCCAUUACAUAGUAUGUAGCAAACAGAUGGAGCAUAAACACUUGGGACUAUUUUUCACUUGGCAGCAUGGCUAUCCUGGAAGAUGCAUAGAACGGAUUUCUCGCCGAAUGGAUUCAUGCACAGGGAUGGAAAUGAAUCACAAUGUGUCUGUUUUGGCUUAAUUACAACGGAAACCACUGGAAUAAUACGGCUUUAACAAGUCAUUGUGUUCCUAAAGACGAAUGUAGCAAUAAGUGAAGCAGCAGAGAAGCCGCGUGGAAAUACAUGUCAAGGAACUCUCAGGAAUAAAGAGACAGCCCGGCGUAUAGAAACAGGAAAGUGUUUGAGAUUGUAUUAAGAAUAUAUUAGGAGACAAGAUGAUGGAGCAGCUCGUGGCAGACUGACAGGCUGUCUCACAUGAUUAACAUUUGCAUCACUGCUGACCCGCUGACUGAUUGAUUCUCGAUUGCAUUACCAUCCAAAGUGGAAGUCCCAGGGGCCGACCAUUUUUACAAAUUCCUUCUCCCACACACAAACACACACACACACACACACACACACACACACACACAUCCACUUACAUGAUUGAAGACACACAUCUUACAUUCAGGGGUACACACACACACACACACACACACACACACGUGAACCUGAGCAAAGCAGACACAGACCAGCUCAUUGUUAAACACGGGCUUGUGUUGGUAUUGCUGUACCAGAAAUUGUUCUACUUUUUUUAAAUUAAAAUGCAGGUCACCACAUUAUAACCAAUUAGAUCCAUUACAAGAUAUAACAAAAUCUGCCCUUGCAAAAAUACAAAUGCUCAUGCAUUGAUUGAUAAUGUCUCAGCGGUACUAAUUUAACAAUGCCAUCGAUGCUUGAAUUAUAACAAAACGUGUUGGGCUUUAAUUGGAAGCAUUAUGUAUUAUUUAUGAAUUGGAAAAAUCAUUUGAUAUAAAAACAUAUUUUCAAUAAUGAUUUGGAGUGCAUGAAAAAGUGAAUACAUGAAUAAAGGGCAUUCUUUGACCAUAUGGUCAUUUUUUUAACAAGCACACUCCUGAUCGAAACGUUACGACCAGUUGGAAAAAUGGCAAGUUUUUACAUUUUGCACUGUUGGAUCUUAAGGAGGUUCCAAGUAAAGCUUCAUAAGGCAAAAAGAAGUCAUGGGAGUGAAACAAAAUGUUUUGAGUAAGCAAUUUAUUCCAAACAAGCAUUAAAGUGAAAUAGGCUGUUCAUCAGCUGAUCAAAGGUUUAAGACCACAGCCUUUAAAAGUCAAAAUCUUGGCAAAAAUGUGGAUUCAGUGUCAUUUUCUGUCAGGUAUUCACACUGUCGUGAUCUUUUGAUGGCAAAGGCAAAAAAGUUUUCUCUCUUUGGACACGGUGGGAUUUUUGAGCUGCAUAAGCAAGGCCUCUCGCAGCACGCUAAGAGUUACGGAACAAAAAAGCCAUGAGUGUAUAUUCACUCAUGGCUUUCAAACCAACAGCUGAGUAGCACAACCAACAUUUUAAAGCGCACGCAGAGGUAGCUGACGCUUCAGCUGCAGCUGCUGACAGCCCCAGCUGUUAAUACCAAUGUUCUUUGAGCCAUUGUUAAUUAGAGAGUCCUCUGGUUGUUUGCUUUUGUAAACCACGUCCCCGACGACUGUAGCAGUCUAGGAGGUUAAUUGGAGCAUUUAUGGUAUGUUUAUCAUUGUGGUUUUAUUUGCAUCUGUGUGGAAGUGUACUGUGUCAUAGUGAGAGGUGCUCAUAAUAUUUGGUUGGCAUUUAGCACAGUCAAAUAGCUCUCAGUAUGAAGCACUGCAGUUCCACACCACUGCAGACUAAAAACACAAUAAUAAACAUUCACUUAGGACUAUACUGAUCAUCUUUGUAAAGGAAGAAUAUGCUUGUAAUGGAUCACAUUUCACAGUGAAGGCUGUCAUGAUGAUGUAUAUUACGCAGCCAAGCUAAAGACGAUAUAUUUUACUAUCUACAGUAUAAAUCUAACAUGUAGCCUUCAGGCUGCUGGCUUGUUAUUCACACUACAGUAAAGAUACUUCCCCCAACAGGCCAAAUACCCCACAUCUCAUUAAAAUGUUAAACAAGUCCGCGUCAGAUUGAUGCACAGCGUCCAACACAAGUGGCUUGGGCAUGUUGAGGAAACAAAUUAUACACACGCAGGAUUUUUAUUGACGAGAAGUGAACCUCUCGAGUCGUAAGAAAAACCCACAUGGGGCUAACUUUGUUGUCACUCUCAUACACAAACACAUGUUCAGGUUCAAAGCUGUGCAAAGCACUCAUCUCCCAUAAGCACCUAAUUCAGCAGUAAUGGCUGACAAGUUGGCCCCAAUUAUUGCUCUGGAUGACACUACAUUCUGAGAAAUGAAGCAGCCAUAAUGAUGUUCAUGCUUCCAUCAUGCCCUGUUUCUCCUCAUAUCCCUCCCAUAUGUACAAUAAAAGUGUGGAUUUUGAACAAGACGUGCCU